ACGAGUAAAAUCUUUAUGAAAAUGGGAAUUUAUGUGUUUUUAAUUACAUUUCUUCUUGCUUUUCACGUCAUUGCUGAAGAUGACGUCAUUCUUGCUGUCUUGGGAAAUGCCGUAGUUCUGGACUGUAAGAUUCCACAAACAGACACCAUUAUCUGGGACCGACCAGACGGUACUAUCAUCGCCAUCAAAGGAGUCCUUCACCGGUCCGUGAAUUCCAGCAGGUUCUCCGUACAGAACAACACGUUGCUGCAGUCUCUGAGCAUUCACAACCUAAUGCUGAAAGACGAUGGCGUGUACAGAUGCUAUGAUCUCACGGACGCUGGCAUUAAACAGAACUUUACCGUAAAUAUAUUCGUCCGCCCUACCCAGUUUUCUGUUAAGGGGCCAGGAAGAACUGUCAACGAAGGCUCUAUACAGACUUUUACGUGCAAGGCAGACGGCGGGAUACCUCCACCGUUUGUGCGAUGGCACUUAUUAGGUCCAAACACAAAUGGAACAACUUACACAGGGCGUAACUCGGAUACUAAAUAUUCUAAUGGUACAAUAUUACGAGUGAAUACUCUACGACUUCAAAUAAGCAGAGAGAUGUAUAAAGGGUCUAUCAUCUGUGAUACCAGCAUACAGUAUUACUACCAAGUCCAGCAGACAAUUGUCCUGGAUGUGAACCUUACACCAUUGACACCCAUCUUUGAUGGCUUUUCUGGUUUGUUUGACGAUGGAGAUUCUAAACCCAUCUCAUGUCACAGUAACGGAAGUAGACCCGCAGCAAAUAUAUUCUGGAUGCUGAAUGGCGUCCGCAUAAACAGUACAUCCUCACAAAGAAUUAAAAACGCUGAUGAUACAUUCCUUGUUAGAGGCACUUUGGUUCGGAAGUUAACUAAAGCCAUGGAAAGGCAGAUUCUUUCUUGUGUUGUCACAAACUCAGUUCUGCAGACGACAACUACACGCAGUCUAAGUCGUUCGGUUGUACUCCUCCCAAAUUACUCCCCUUCCAUAUCGGCAGAUAACGGUACUCGGACAGUUGAAGAAGGAAAAUCGCUUGUUCUUCAUUGUGUUAUUGAAGCCCGACCUCUUCCCCCACAGAAACAAAAGCUAUGGUUCUUCAAUGGAUACCCUAUUUCAGAUUCUAAUUACAACAUCACACGCCUUGAUAUAUCGUUGUCCAAGCUAAGAGCAAGCAUUUACGUCAAACACAUUCAUCGAAACCAGAGUGGUCAAUAUAGCUGUCAAGGCUAUAACCACCUUGGAGCAGCCAAAGGUCCAGCCAUGAAUGUACAGACGCUGUAUAGCCCUAUUUGCUCUUUCUCUGGAGUUCAAAAAUAUGCUGCUCCCGUUGGUGGUCGAGUAUCUCUCACGUGUCGUGUAACAGCCAAUCCAAAUAAUGUUACUAUGAGAUGGCGAUAUAUACAGAGAAAUGCUCCAAUAAAGACGGGGCUUCUUGGUGACGUAGAAUCUCAAACUGUAUCUUCAACAACUAUUGCAAUUGAUGUUGCAUCAAACAACCAGUACGCAGACAUCGCAUGCAUUGCAACCAAUAUGGUUGGUGAUAUGAUGUUUCCCUGUCUGUAUCGUAUCAUGGAACCAAGUCCUCCUGAAAUUCCAAAAAAUUGUUCUACAAACACAUUGAGCGACACAGAGAUCCAGAUUGAGUGUACCCCAGGAUUUAAUGGAGGUUCUCCUCAGCAUUUCCUUUUACAGAUGCUUGAAGGUUACAACGACAGAAAUUUCAACACCAUUUCUAACCAUUCCACACCGAGUUUUAGAGUCCCUGGCCUAACACCGAAUACAAACUACACGUUCCGGAUGUGCUCAGGGUCUAGUGCUUUUGCGCGCACAAUCAGCUGCGGGGGACCCCUGAUGACCACUACCUUAGCAGCGCAUGCUGUUGACAAAAAGCGAAUAUCGUCACCUACUUCACAGGCUAGUACCACACCAUACAUUGUAGGGGGUGUGGUUGGGUUUCUCGUCCUAGUGGUACUAAUUUCUGUACUGGCAUAUUGUCUCCAUAAGAAAAGAAAGCGUGGCGGAAAUCCUUUACAUUCAAACCAAAUACCCUGGAGAACAAAUGAUUGGUUCAAACAUGGAGAAGGUAGUUCUACAAGUGUCAGUGUUAAACCAGGAGUUCAGAAUGCUGCAUUUGUGGAGGACACAGUCCAUCCAGAGAAAAGUAGCAACGAGAAAGAACACAGAACCCAAGAAUCGAUAUAUCGAAUAGACAAUGUAAAACUCCGCAAUCUAGAGGAAAAGGACUCCAUUAAGCUCUUAAAGGCCAAUGCUACAACCCUUCUAGCUUUAUCCCGAAAAUAUAACGUUAAUGAAUCUGAAGACAAAGUUAAUAAGAUUGAGUUUGGUUUCCUUGGCGACCAAAUAACUGAUCUAGAUGAAUUAUCUAAUCCCCGAAGUCCUGGAUUGAUGCUGACUUCCACAAGUCCACAUCGUGAUUUUUCUUACAGCGAAACAGAUUUAGAUUUGCAAUCUCCUCAAAGUAAAACUCCAUGUCCAGAUUUCCUGGACAUCAAUUUUGGUACAGAAACAAAGCAGAAGUCUUUAUCAACACACUCUUUAAAUGACCUUCGAUCCAGUUCUGUUGAAAAUAAACAUGAUUACAUCAAUCUGUCUUACACGGAUCCGGACUCCAGCAAACCGGAAAAUCAAACACCUGCUCUGGAAGGAGAGAUGGAUGAUCUGAAGAAAACAUUUAUAUCUAAAUAUACACUAGAAUUUCAAAGGAAGGAUGAUAAUGGUCCAUCGAAAACUCAAAACAGCCCUGCUUCAUCCACUAGUACUCUAUCAGGCGUGGGGAGUUAUGGUGGAGCACCUCGCAGACAAAGUUAUACCCUGGCGAUAAGUAGCGAUGAGGAGGGUAACACUAUGGUUAGAGAUGUCCUGUCUGCUUCUGUCAACGUCUCCUUUCCAAUUUACGACAUUCCCAGAAACAGUGGAGGUUUUGAGGUGGAAGUUGAAUCCACAGUGAAAGUGCCUACGGAGAAGGAUUUGGGGGAAGAAGAAUCAUCAAAUAGCGAUUCAAAGCCAGACAAAGAGAUCAUAGCAAUUCUUUCACCGAAAGACAGUUUGGCUGAGGAAACGAGCUACACCUUCAAACAUAAAAAAUCUCCUUUACCCGCACCAGACGCCCCCGAAGAUAAUGAAUUAGAAAAGGGAAGAAUUAUCACUUUAGAAUUGUGUGAAAACUUAGCUGAGAAGGAAUCCCAACAAAUAGACCCAGAUAGCGCAAGUUCGUGUGGUGCUUAUUUCUGA